AUGGACCAGUAUAUUACUAAUGGUAUGCAUGCAUCUGCAGCAACGUAUUUAUAUAUAAACGCCAAGCUAACCAGCAUUGCUGCCCAUUUGACGCGUUCUAUUCCUACGCCUUUACAUCCUACAAUGACGAAAAAAUCCUACAAUAUUCAUGUAAAACGACGUUUAUCCAAUGGAGAAGAAGAGGGAUCGCCUCCUACCAAGACUACUACGACGACAUACCCAAUCUUCUCCCCAAGACUUAAGUCGGAGAUAAUAUAUUCAUAUCAUGGAUCAUUGAUAUUUGGGGAGCAUCGAAUUGACAAGAAAAGAGUCGAAGCACGAACAAAGAUUGCCGCAUUUGAUUUGGAUAAGACAUUGAUCAAAACUAAAGGGAAAUCGAACUAUCCUCGGGACGAGCAUGAUUGGUUGUGGUUGUAUAAAACCAUACCCAGGCAAUUGAAACAAGUAUAUGACGAAGGAUAUAAAGUUGUCAUCAUAACAAACCAAGCUGGACUGGAUAUAAAGAAAAAGUCUGAAAAAUUGCGAAAAGAUUUUCUCAAUAAAAUACGUCACAUAUCAGCUCAGCUUGAAAUUCCAUUUCAAAUAUUUAUCGCUACUUCCAAAGAUAAGUAUCGUAAACCUAUGACUGGAACCUGGUGGUAUCUGACCGAAAAAUGUAAUGCGGAUGUGUAUGUCGGUACUGCAGACAUAAGCGAGAGCUUUUAUGUUGGUGAUGCUGCAGGACGUCCGACAAAUUGGAAACCUGGAAAGGCGGCUGAUUGGGCUGAUACUGAUCGUAAGUUUGCAGAAAAUAUUGGCUUGAAGUUUUAUACGCCAGAAGAAUACUUUCAGGGAGAAGCAGCUGUGCCAUAUUUUUAUGGUGACUUUGAUCCAAAGGACGUGAAAAAUGUUCCCCUUUUUACACCAAGCGAUACACCCCUUGUUCCAGAACCGCCUCACCCAGAACUAAUUAUAUGCGUUGGCCCGCCCGCUAUAGGCAAGUCUACAUUCGUCAAAAAACAUCUUAUUCCAAUGGGAUACGUUCAUAUCAACCAAGAUACUCUCAAAUCUCGUGUAAAGUGUCUCCAAGCCAGCCAUCAAGCAUUGGCCGCUGAUAAAAGCGUUGUUGUGGAUAACACUAAUCCUGAUAUGAACAGCAGAAAAGAGUUUAUCGAUAUAGCAAAAGUUUAUGGUGUUCCAACUAGAUGUUUCUGGUUUGUUGGUGGAGAGAUGCUGGCUAAACAUAACAAUUCUUAUAGAUCUCAAGCUGAUGAUGAGGGAAAGUUGAUACCUGAUGUUGCGUACAGAACAUUCAAGUCCAGAUUCGAAGAGCCUACGCCAUCUGAGGGGUUUGCAGAGAUCAAACAAAUCAACUUUAUAUUCGAAGGUACUGAUGAAGAACGGAAGAA